CUUGGCAGGUAUGAUGCCCACUAGACACAGUAAGGCGUGAUCUCUACUGUAGGUCCUCCUCUUCAAUUCGGCUUGUCUUCGUGCGGGAUGGUUGGUUCGAAGGCGUCUGAUAGCAGCAGAGAGUGGAGGGGGCUGAGCAUUGAGAUCUCUGACAUUGGGAAUGUACAACAUGGUGUCGGCAGAAAGAGGGAUGAGAAGGAGGGUGUGUGACAGGAAGACACAGAUACUUGAAGAGGAAAAGCAAAUGACUACAUGUGAAGGACGCGCAAAGCGACAGCGAAUCAAGCUCGAGAGCGCGAGGAGACCGUAGCUCAACGAGGGGAAACCAUGAUCCUUUUCGUAGUGAACCUAGCUUGCAUUCGACGACGACGACUACUACAUCAUCAACACAUCCGCUUCUAGUCACGUGGAAUGCUAUACGCUCUCCUGAUUGAUGGCAACGCAGACGUGGAGAGGACGGAGCAACAGCAGACUAAACCAGUAAGCGACGCCAGCGAAUACGAGCUUCGGCAAGGACGUGAGGUAUUUCAUAUCACUGGAAACAGCAACGACGAAAGAGCGACACGUAGGUGGGAGUGGACGGCACUAUGUCUAUCCCCAGAUGGCGAUGACCUUGGUGUCAUGUUGUCUUGUGCUUUGACACACGACUACCGUCCACCGAGUGGCAUCCAGGAAAAGUCAGAAGGAACAAGGACUCCAAAGAUUUCAACGAGCAUCUUUCAGGAAGAUCUUUGCACUUUUGCGAAUCGACGGCAAACCUUUGGGCGGAAAUCGAACUUGGACUUACAAACAGCGACCAUGGAAGACGCGGUUUCGCUUUUGACAUCUGCAACAGAAGGAGCAACUUUAUCAUUGGAGACUUCUCUCAACAGGACCGAAGCUCUUGGGACGCUUCGGAAGAAAGAAGAAACAGAGUGUUUGUGAGACUAACUUGGGGAAAAUCCGAGUAAGUGACGAAAAAAAAGCAACCGGAAAACUGCGCCUCAUUGCGCCAGACACCAUUGAG